GCUCGGUUGCGUGUGUUGGUGCGAGAUUCGUUUUUUGAAUUUUGAGUUUUUGGCGGGAACUCACCAAGGAGUCUGCAAUGUGAUUGCUAACAACAAUGGAAGAAUCAUCGCUCCACAAAAUGGCGUGCGAAAUCAAAAUGGACGCUGCAAGCCACAUGCUACCCAAAUGUCAGACCGCCAUCUUGAAAAGUGACAGUUUACUUUAUUUGAACAUGACGUUAAGUGCUGUGCGGUCUGUGAUGAUUUUUUUGCACGAACAUAGUUCGGUGAUUUUCGCAUCUGUGAUAUUAGUGAUAGUUUUGUAUGUGUUGUAUAAGUGUUAUUGGAACCCAGUGUUUUAUAGUAAGGAGUUAACAGACAUAGGCUUCGAGCACAUAAGACCCGGGCCGGACAGACCCGCGAGAGUGGCGCGGGCGCAGCUCGCUCGUAAGCUGGGAUACAAGAUACCCCCGCCGUAUCCUAAUGGGUGGUUCGCGGUGGCUGAGAGUAGCGAGUUGAGGGUUGGGGGUGUUUUGGCAGUGGAUGUCUUGGGUCAGAACCUCUGCCUCUUCCGGGGUGAAGACGGCGUCGCUCGCUGUGUAGACGCCUACUGCCCCCACUUGGGGGCAAACCUAGCUAUAGGGGGGGCUGUCACCGGCAACUGCAUCCAAUGCCCCUUUCACAAGUGGACUUUUGGCCCUGAUGGCGUUUGCAAGAGCGUGCCGGGAGUUGAAAAAGCUCCUCGCGGAGUCGCCGUCAAGUCCUGGCAGACCUGCGAAGCUGACGGAGCCGUGUGGAUCUGGCACGACGCCGAUGGCAGAGAGCCACAGUGGAGCAUGGGCUACAGUCCUGGAGACUGGGCGUAUAGAGGCCGGAACGAGUUCGUGGUCAGCGCGCAUAUACAG